AUGGCGCGCUCUGAUUGGUCAGCAGUGGCGCUGACAACGGAUUCAUCAAAGCUCAUCGGCACAGGCUUAGCAACGGCUGAAGAUGUCAUCGCGUUGAUGUGUGCUUUUGUUGAUAUCAAGGCGACCGAUUUUGACACAGACUGGCAAGAAGAACUCGCCGAAUUGAUAUACGAAGCCGCAUGCCGGAGUGUCUCCAGCAGACGUACGCCGGCGUACUUGGAGAGACAGCUUCGAUUACGAUUCGGUCCUGGCUGGACAGCGAUGGUUAGCGAUGACUUAUCGAAGUAAUUUGGAUUGGAAAUCAAGGAGGAACUUUCUGUUUGCCGUGGUCGGAACUCGGGCCUUCUUGGUAUGCAGAGCAGGAAGUAGAACCGACUGAACACUGUUCACUUUCACCAUGAACUGAUCAAUUUUCCAUGCUGCCAAAUGUUCCCUAUCCGUCGGACACAUUUCAAACCCUCCCACAGUUUAAACUUAUUGACCAAUUGAUAUUUCUG